UCCCCAGCGACGGCGUAGGCACCAGUUGGGUUCGCCGUUCAUCCAGACUCUGACGCCACUCAUCCGCACCUCGGCGCCGAACACUCCCCUCAGCCUUCCGAAGUAUUUUACUGCAGGGCGAACCAUUUUGUCCGGCCUGCAAAUGGAGUCAAAGUUCUUCCGGUUUCUAAAACUCGUUGGAGUUGGCUUCAAAGCAAGGACAGAGGGCGAAGGCCGUGAGCUGUUCCUGAAGCUGGGCUACAGCCAUGAGGUGCAGUUCACCGCCCCACCCGCUGUCCGCGUCUUCUGCUUCAAGCCCAACAUCGUGUGCUGCACCGGCUUAGACAAGAACAGAGUGCACCACUUCGCCGGCGCCGUCCGGAACUGCAAGCCGCCGGAGGUGUACAAGGGCAAGGGCAUACUGUACAUCAAUGAAGUGAUGCAUAGGCGUGGGAUGAAGCGCAAGUGAUGGAGACCUUUCAAAAAAGAAGAAGCGCAAGUGAUGGAUGGAACACGUUAACCCCCCUUUUUCCCUUUCUCUGGGGUUCUGAUUUUGUUGUGUUGAAAUUCCUAUCAUGUUGCUUCUGUAGCGGCACCUGUUAUGGUUUGCUUGUACCGAGGCAAUUCAUAUAUAAUUUGUCCCCUGGCACCACAUUGGAAGGCUCAACAUUUCAAUCCACAUAAUGAAAGCGCCAGAUUCAGUUUUUUCAA